AUGGCGCAAGCAGAUUCUGACAUGGUGAACGACGACCUGAGUGAAGUGCUGGCGAACAUGACACUCGUACAUUUGAAGCAGAAAUUGAAGCAGCGAAGAUUAAAGACAUCUAGAUCAAAAAACGAACUGAUUUCACGAUUCGUACGUGCUAUGCGGAUCGAGCGCGGCAUGGUAGGAUCGAGCGAGAGGAGUAAAGACAGUGGCUCACAUGAUGACGAAAGCGACGACGAAGAAGACGAAAACGAAGGCGACGCAACGAUUAUUGAAAGAGAAGGAGGCGAGAUUUCUAACGAUAACAUUCAGACGACAGCUGUUAGAAAGGGACAGCGCAGAAAUGACAGUAAAAAAGUUACAGUCGGUAUAAAAGAACGAAAUAUGACAAAGGAGAAUUGA